UUUACAUUUCAUAAUAAUGUGUGAAUAUAAUUCGGCAUCACUGAUACCGGACGUUGUCGCGUUUAUGACGCUCAUUAUAGCACUUCCGCUUCUGAAGCGUUGCUAAGGAGACGCCAGCGCGUCGGCAAAACUCUCGAGUGAAAAAUGUCUGCUUACUUUGUCUCUUGUAAAACGACUGAAAGAAGCAAAACAGGCUAAAAGAAUUCAAUGUCUGCUGGAGGAAGGAUGCAUGUGACCAGGCCCAAGUCGUCUAAGGGACGCAGCAGACCCAUGAUGUCUCCCACUUUGAGUGUGGAUUCACCUUCCCAGUCCUCGUCUCUUUCACCCCAACCUCCAGCCCCCAAGGCAAACGACAGGUUAAACCAAAGCCUUCGAUCCCGAGCCAUUCUGAGACCUAGAACAGAUAUACUGACUGAAAUCUUUGACAGACCCCCCGAUGAGCCCGUCUCACUCAACAAAUACAGGGUUCUCCCUUCCAUAGAGAAAAAAACAGGUAUGGACCGGACGUUCGGUCAAGGUGACAGCAGCUCUGGGAUAUGUCAACACACUUCACAUGUGCACACAAAGGCCUGUCCAGACGUGACGUCAGGAAGUGAGACGGGUCGAACUCCUCCAGAGGAAUCAGGCCUGCUGCUGGCUAUCAGAACGCCAUGCGGUCAGAGGUUAAAGUGCCAUUUCAGGCCAACUGACCAGCUCCAUGCAGUGCUUACGGCCGCAGAGGCUGAAUUCGGGGAGAGCUUUGACAAGUGUAUGAUUGAGACUAUGGAUGUGCCACGCAGGACUUUUACAAACCUUACAAUGACCUUGGCUCAGUGUGGCGUCCUGAACAAAUCGGUUUUAUGCAUUUCCCAAGAUGACAGCAACAUGGAUUUAACCUGAAACUCUAAUGUAGCUCAACUUUUUAU